CACACUGGUCAACACGCUAUGGAAAAGCCUAUAAAACAAGAAAUGUUUAUAAUAAAUGUUCAGGAAGAAGAGGCAAAGUGUACUGAAUCACAGUUGGAUAUAUUACUUAAAAUCCACGAUGGCCAGUACAGACUAGUAAAGAAGAAGAAACGCAGCUCUGUGUGGAACGUGUACAGGGAAAUUGCCCGUCCGGACGGCACUAAGCUAAAGUGGAGAUACUAUUGCUUGGGAUGCAAGCGUGUAAUGCAAUCAACUGGAGGUACUACAUCCAAUCUGCGUAUACACAAAUGUCAUGUACGUUACCUGAAGCAGCACGGCAAGGAUGGGGAGUCGCCAAAGAAAUCACAAAUCCGUGACAGUGAGCAAAGGACGCCAAUGACAACGGGUAAGCGUCAAAUUCAAACCUACAAUGAUUUCGUAGAUACAAAAGCAGAGUACAGCGAUGAGGAAGACUACGAGGAACUCAACAUCACACCAGCUUCAAAUAUAGAGAUUGAGCAAAUUGGUUCACAGGAAGAAAAUCACACGUCCACUGAGAGACCACUUAUUAAGUUAUUCUCGGAGGAUGAGGUUUGGUCACCCGAGGUCACCGAAGAGCAUCCCAUCGAGAUAGAUAAUGUGACUGAAGACGUAUCGAUAGACUUCAGUAAGGAAACCAUCCAUCCUAAUUCCUCCCAAGAAAUUCACAUUGAUGCCAGUGCAAUCUCUGAAGCCGAAAGCUAUGCCCGGGCCUGGGCUCACGCAUUCCUUAAAUUGAGCGAAGAGCAGAAAUUCUUUGCGAAACGCUCAAUUGAUGAGCUUUUGGUAUUGGGAAGAUUGGAACGACUGAAUAUAUCGACGGUGACAUCGCUGACAACCAACUUAUAAAGCUCGAAUUAUCAACUAUAAAACAUGGCUAACAUAAGCUUGAUAUUUAGUUUUAUAUAAGCAUAUAUAAACUACGA